GUUGGUUGAAAACGAUGCUUGAAGUGUUCGUGUAUUUUCUAUUGCUCCGUAUGUGAUUUUUCAAUGUAUAAAAACAAAUGGAAAAUAUGUUCUCCUUAGAAUUUCGCUUAUUAUUAAUCAAAUAUGAAAGCUGGCUUUACUUAGCGAAACAACAUGUGUAAUACUCUUUCAACCAUGGACAAAGUUACUAGCAAAACCAGCAGCCUCAAAGCUCUUUUACUCAGAGCAUGGCGCGAACGCUGGAGCGAUUUGCAGUGGGGCAUCAACAUUAAAACAAUCUUACCGAGAGGUGUGAGCGGCGACGUGUACAAUUUAGCCGAUUGUAUAUUGCAACAGGCCUUAGUAGGUCCUGGCCCAAAUUAUUUAGUGUUGUCCUACUUAAAACAUUCGCUUAGUUCCCAGCUCGUUUCUUACGCUGCUGUUUUGCAACGUAUUAGCAAAUACGACGCUUUUCAAAAGCCCCACUGUAUUCUAAGCCUUUUGAACUUCUUAGAAACAAUUCACAUCGGCAUAACUUGCCGAGGGAAACCCGAAGAAGAUCUUUUAGCCGCUGCAGUAUUGUCUGUCGUACAAUGGUUGUUGCAAUGUUAUUUGCAAGCUCUUUCCAAAUCUCCACAAAGCAAUCCACUGAUUCCACAGCCAUCCGAACUGAUGGAUAAACCUGCCAGUAUUCUAAAAGAAAUGCUCAAUUCUGAUUUCAUUUGCGCAAUGAUGUACUUAGCGAAACACGACGAUAAAGAUCUCUACGCAGACGUUGUGAAGAAAUGCCAAGAGAUUGAAGUACUCCAGAGGGCAAAUAAUGUGAAAUCGUCAAUUUCAAUCGAGGAUACUCUAAAGAGACUGUGCAAUCUAGAAAUCGAAAAUUUGACCCCACGUUCAUCGAGAACAGAUAUGGAGCCAAUAACGCAUUGUUUGCAGUCUCUGCUGGCCGUUCAGCUUUCUUUAAAUUCCGGUACUGAAACUGCUACUUUCGUUAGUCAACUUUUAAUGGUUCAGAGGCUCAAAAACUACACAAAUGCGAGACUCUAUUGUGAACUGAUUCGUGCGAGUUUAAUGAGUCUGCACACUGUCACAGGAUCGUUGAACGAACCGCAUUGGGGGGCUUUCAUUUUCUUGAAGGUGCCGCUCAUUCUAAAGGAACUUCACGCAAAUACUUUGAACAACAGCGAAGACAAGUUUAAGUAUUCCCAAGACGUCUUUGAUGCUUUCGAACUUCUUUUACACUACACGCCCUUGUUGGAUGAAAUUGACGCUACAUAUUUGUGUAAUAUUGUCGAGUGUAUGUUAAACAAAUUGCAGGAAGUCAAUUUGGUCACUGAGAAGCAGAAUAAACAACUCAGCAGUCGGAGGGAAGGACUGACGGUAGCUUUGCAUAAACUCGAACCUUCAGUCGCUGCAACUACUGCAAUUCCCAAAGUGAUAUUGCGCGCCGAGCAUACACUAAGUGGUUUUCUGAAAUCUCUCAAUGCAGACUGUUCGAAAAGAAGCGAAGCCCUCUUGAACAUGCUAAAUCAAAUCCACACUGGGAAAACUUUCGACCUGAUAAUGGCCGUCGCAUCUGUGGAGGGCAAACUGAAGGCAUUCGUCUCGAAAAUGAUAAAAUUCAACGAGUACAGCAAUCAGGUGAAUGAACCGGUCCCGGGAAGUCCAUCCUCGCGUGCAAUGCUAUUCGACAUGACUUUCUUGAUGCUCUACUCCAUUGUCCAGACAUAUGGAUCUGAGGUUCUAGAAGAAGGUGGAGAUUCCUUUUUUGAACAGUGGGUUCGCGAGUGCAUGCCUGAGCGUGGAAAACCGAAAUCUCCACACAAGCUCCUUCAAACGAUCGACCCUGCAGUGGUCGAUGUUCUUCUGCAGCAAAUUAGUUCUGGAGAAACUGAUUUUAUGACGAGCACUGUCAAUUGGGACAAAACGUGUCUGGCGGCAAUGGGAGUUGUGAAGGAAUUACUUUUUGGAUGGGAGAGUGGUGGUUUGAGUGCUGGAGAUGUCAAGAGAGCCCUCGACAGAUUGAGAAAUGGCGUUUGCUGUUUACCUGUCUGUGCUGCGACUUGGCUGUGUGCACAUAUGAGCAUCACUCAUCAGGAUGCACUUCUCAAGCCCAUGAAUAUGGUUCAACAGUUUCUGACACCUGGGACAGCCGAGGAGACACAGGAAUCUUCGUUUAAGGAAAGGUCUGCCUUAAUGUUUCAAAUUAUACGGAAGAUGCAAUAUGACGUUCGUCCACCAACUCAAUUCAAGAAAGUGCUUGCCGUCUCUCACAGCCUUAUAUCUCGUCAACCGAUAUUGGAACAGUUGGAAUCGAUAUGGCAGAUGAUUCACCACCGAGGUUGGAUAAAUAUUCAAGCAGCAGAAGGUCUUCAUGCCUUAUUAAAUACCGGCGGUUCCCUCUGGUUUGUUUCUAAUUUGGCGAAAGCAACACUAAAGUACAAAUAUCAGGAAGAAUUGGAUCGAGCCGUUGAUCUGACUUUCUCCAUCUUUCAUUUUGAUAUAGAAAACUGUACAUUGGAUCUUUUGAAUAAUGUUGUACCGCAAUAUUUGUACAAUGCAUUGCAAAGCGAGGAACUAGUUGAACCCCAAUCGUCUAUUUUAGCAAAGUUGUGCGUUUACUGUAUCUUUUCUACUCUCGAAUAUAACAAUACGAGUCCUCAGCACGGAAAUAGUAGAAAACGAACCCGACGAGAUUUAGACGCGGAAGAAUUGGACGCACUCGGUGUUCCCGCGAAUAAAAUUUUAAGACUGAACGAUGCCGGAGAUUCAAAUCCAAUGUUUGGAUCGAAUUCUCCGCAAUCUCAAGGUCCAACUAACGGACAAAAACUCAUCGUUUUGAGGGAUCCACUCCUUGGAGCUUUGAAGACACUCUUCAAUAAUUUCACGUAUCUGGCUGGAAGAAACGGCGAAGUGUCGCAACAAACUCAUUUUAUUCUACAGUUUCUGCGAUUUAUGGUGCAAUGUGGAAAAGAUCGGACGCGAGUCGUUCUAGAAGGAUUGAACCCAGAAUUGGUGCCUUGUCUUCUUAAAGCACUGCCAGAAUGUUUUACAACCGACCUGCUCUUGAGGUUGUACGACAUUCAAACAGCAAUGGGACGAAAAGGAACUGCACGUGAUCUGUGCAUGUUGCGGAAUAUCAAUUUGAAGCCCGCGAAAUGAACGCAGGAACAUCUUGUUUCUGACUAGUACAAGUAAUACGUUAUUAGUU